AUGGCACCUACCUUUAACAGAGACCUUGAACUGACAAAGCGUGGAGGAACAUCAAUGUGUAAACUAUCAGGAAAUGAUUAUAUAAUAACCACAACUAAAUAUGAUAAGUAUAGCAAGAAUAGAUCCGUACUAACAACACAUUACACGGGAAAUGGGAAAUGUGAGCCCAGAAGCAAGACGACUAAAUUAAGUGGCAAUCGUACGUUUGAAUGCAGACCAAUAAAGCACAGCUUAGCUGAAAAGAAAGGGAUUCCAGGGUCGGACUGGGAAACUAAGGAUAUUACUGUUGGUUGUGAAGUUUUCAUCCUCGAGUAG